GCCUACUUGAUAAUAUAAAUAUAUAUUAUUUUCUUUUCUUAUCUAACCAAUACUUUGUAUUUUUAGAGAAAAUUCAAUAAAAAAGGUAACUUAGUUUAUAACAAAAUGGGAGGAGGACUUUCAAAAGAACAUGUCCAAAUAAACGAAGAUGAAUGCAAUAAAAGAUAUCAAGCUAUUUUACAAAAUUUUAUUGUUGAAAAAAAAGUUUCAGACAAGAUAUUUGGGAAUAUUACCAUUUAUCUUUAUAAAAAGCAAGAUAGAGUUUUUAGGCUUUCUGAAUAAUGCCACUAUUUUCCAAAUGAAGCAAGUAUGGAACAAGCAUUUUAAACAUAUUAUAAAAUCAUGGAAAGUGCUCCUUGUAAUCUUCUCCAGCUUCAUAUGUGCAGAAAGUAAGUUGAAGACUCUAUGUGCUCAUUAUCUUUUAAAAUCUAUACUCUUUUUGAUCAUGUUUCAGGUACAUUAGAAGAUUAGAUUCAAGAAAGAGCUAAAAAUAAAUAAUAAUUUAAGGAGUAGGAAUUGUGGUCUCUGCUUGAACAAUUAGUUUCGAUUUUAACAUAUUUAACUAAUCAUUUAUAUUUAAGAACUGAUUCUAUUUAUAUUGUUAAUUAAAUAAAUGAUGUAACACUUUUUAAGCUAUUCUAUAGAAGUGUUUUAAAUAUAAAAUCUAACUAUGAAGACUGCCAAAAGGGAAAUUUUAGUGGCAGAUAUCUUCCAGCAGAAGGACUCAAACAUUUGAAAGAGUAAUCUCCUACAUACACUGAUUAUGAGUAAUAAGAUAAGUUUGCUCUAGGAAUGGUUAUGCUUUCAGCAGCAUUAUUAGAAAAUCUUGAUUCGUGUUAUGACUACGCUUCCUAUGAGCUAAAGCUUACAAUUCUGCAUGAAAAAUUAAACUAAAUGAAGCUUUCCUACUCCAAUGAUUUAUGCAUAAUGGUGCAAUAGUUAUUAUCUUAAGACGAAUAAGGUUUUAGCUUAGAGUAAUUAAACUAACAUUUAAGUUCUAUAUAACUUCCUUGCGGACUUCGUAUGCAAGAUUCAUACUAAAGUGUUAAACUUGAAAACUUACCACCAAUCUUAGAUACUUAUGGAGGUGGUUAAAAUAAUCAAUAGUUAAGUAACUCCAUAAAUGCCUUGUAAAGCAAUAAUUUAGUUGCAGCAGCUCUGAAUUAAAGUGUGAAUAAUGGUGCAUAGGGAAACUUUAUUGGUAUGAAUGAUGGAUAAUAAUAUAUUUAGGACUAAAAUUAAUUAUUUAACAACUCACCAAAAAAUAACUUAUAGAGUGGCAACCAGUUAAUUAAUGCUAGCACUGCAAAUUUUAAUCAGUAUCCUUAAUAGUUACAGAUAUAACACCAACAUAGUAUAAGUAAUCCUAACGAAGUAAAUGUUCAUAACAAUCUUAUAUAAAGUGCUAUUCACAGUCCAUAUAAUCCUCCUCUUGCAACCCCUCCUUAAAAUAAUAACUUUUAUAAUUAACCUUUAGUAAAUACAAUAACAUUAAAUAAUAAUUAACCCUCUUAGGCUAUAAUAUCUCCAUACGGAUCUUAACCAAACACAAUUUAUAGUCCAAAUGUUAAUAGUCAUCAGCCAAGUAUAGGAAAUAUGAAUGGCUUGGUAAAUUUAGGUGCAAAUAAUAAUUUUCAACCUUAAAUUUAACUUAAUAAUAAUCCUAUUCCUAUGUAAAAUAACGUAGGCUAGCUUGCAAAUAGUAAUCAAGAUCCAAACGCUCUUCUUUACUAAGUUAUACUAUAACUCUCAUAGCAACUUAGAUAAUAGUAGUAACUUUAAGAAAGUUAUUAUCAGCCAUAAAAUUAGAUUAACUACUCUCCUUUAAGAGGAGCCAAUAUUUUUAAUUAAUAUAAUAUGAAGAAACAAAAUCAAAACGAUUAUUUAAAUGAUCUUAGUAAAUCCUAUUCUCCAGUAAAUGGGAUAGCUAGAAGAAAAACAACAUAUUAAUAUGAUGAUGGGUCAUACUAUGAUGGUGAAAUGGUGUUAGAUUAUAGAGAUGGCUUUGGCAAACUUGUUUUUUCAAACAAAGGAGUUUAUGAAGGAACAUGGAAAAUGGAUAAAAUGCAUGGAAAAGGAACAUUAUUCUAUCCUAAUGGAGAUAUACUUUAUGAAGGAGAUUGGUUUGAGGAUUAAUUCAAUAAUUUUGGACACCUUUUUAAUUCCAAAGCAUAGUUCAUUUAACAAAAACUAGAUUUUAAGGAUUUUUCAUAAAUUAAGAAUUACUGGUUAAAAUAUGAAGGAGAGUUUACUUUAGAUAGGAAAUAAGGUUUUGGAUCUCUAUAUUUUACAAACGGAGAAAGGUACUCUGGAAAUUUUAAGAAUGAUGCAAUUCAUGGAUAUGGAGUUUAUUAUUCUCUUGAAGGCGAAACUUUUAGUGGUUAUUGGGAAGACAAUAUUCUCAUUAAGAGAAUGUGA